AUGCUUCAAGAAGAAUAUUGGACGGACGGUAUCCUCAAGUACGUAUGUAACUACUGCGGUACCGGAAGGGAAAUGGCGGAGGGUUACCAAAAAAGGCAUCUUGAAUCUAUGCGGGAAUUUGCCGGGGCUCGUAUCAAAAUUGAAACAUUAUCCAGUCAAAACCUAGAGCCCAACACAGAAGCACUGGCCGGCCCCGCUGUAGGACACAUGAAUGAAGGCCCCGCCGCAGGACACAUGAAUGACGGCCCCGCCGCAGGACACAUGAAUGACGGCCCCACCAUAGGACACAUGAAUGAUGAUGUUGAAAUGCAGCCUUCCAAAGUCAUACCUGCCGUUGGAAUUGCAGAGAACAAUAUUGAAAUGCUGGCAACCGCGUAUGGCGAAACUGGAACACCCAAAGAGACUGCUGGCCCCUUGGAUGAUGAGUUGAAGGCCUCAAGGCAACUUGCCAACGACCUGCAAGCUUUGAAGGCCCUUCUUAAAUCAACUUCAGAGCAAUCUUGA